UGGAUCUUCCGGGCUCAGUUGAGAAAUACUGCAGUGAAGGAGAGCAGCGUUACAUCUGUGUCUGAUCCUUCGUUGUUUUGUCCUGGCACUCGACCAUCAUGUCUUACGCCGGGUCUUACGUGGCCAAAUCCUACGCGGACAAAACCUACGGGGACACUGUGUACACGGGAUAUCCGGAUGAGAAGUCGGAGAAAGAGGUGUAUGAUGAGCAGGUGAAGCGUGAGAAGAGAAAGAGACAGGAAUCUAUGUGCUGCGAGGUGGUUGCGCUGAUCAUCGGCUUCAUCGGCCUGAUCGGCGUCGCCUCCGUCACAGGACUCCCGAUGUGGAAGGUCACGGCGUUCAUCCAGGAGAACAUCAUCGUGAUGGAGACGCGUUGGGAGGGAUUGUGGAUGAACUGCUACCGGCAAGCCAACAUCCGAAUGCAAUGCAAAGUCUACGAUUCUCUGCUGUUCCUCCCGGCCGACCUCCAGGCUGCCAGGGGUCUCAUGUGCUCCUCCGUGGCUUUGACUGCCUUCGCUUGCAUCGUGUCGUCCGUAGGCAUGCGCUGCACCCGUCUGGUAGACUCCCGUCCCAAAACCAAGCACAUUGUUUUGGUGAGCGGAGGGUGUUUGUUUUUGGCUGGCUGCUUGACCACCAUCAUUCCCGUGUCGUGGACAGCUCAUGUGAUAAUACAGGACUUCUACAACCCGUUGUUAAUCGACGCCCAACGUAGAGAGCUUGGAGAGGCUUUGUACAUCGGAUGGGUCACUUCGGCUUUGCUUUUCAGUGCCGGGGUGAUUCUGCUCUGUCGACAUGCACCACGGACCCAGGAUAAAGAGAACAUGGCAUCUGUUCUUUAUCGGGCCGGAUCGGCUCCAUAUAACUACUCCUACAGGCCCGGAUAUGGAUACCAGCCUGCAUACGGAUACCAGCCCGGGUAUAACUAUCAACCAGCCUAUUCUCCUGUCCCCACAGUUUAUAACCCUAGGUACUGAGACACACAGUGAGUGCUGUGCUUUACCAGUAAAAUCUUCUAUAGAGACUCCAAAAAGGAAGUUGAGUUGGGAACAAUCUGCAUUAGGAUUCAGAAGAAAGCAGGACUGAUGGAGCCUCAUUUGAUUAAAUGUGACUGUUUAUGUGAAUAUUAGUUUUUACAUACUUGAUUUGAACGCAUUUCCUUCUUGUCUAAAAGACUGUAAUUUGCACAGAAAUAAUAUGCAAUAUGUGCUAAAAUUAAGAACACCAACAUGUGGGAUAUUUUCACACAGCAUUUAACUGUGUAUCCGUGACUUAAUGUUGACUCUGUCAUAUGAUUGUGUUUGUUUUCCACUUUGUUUUUCCAUUUUCAAAGCACUAGUUUGAUUUUAAUUGUACUAAAUAAAUGUGUGAAAAGAAAUGUGGAUGUACUAGUUCCUGGUCUGGACACUUGAUGACAUCAUUUUGUUGUUUUUUCUUAGCCCAGUGUUGGCGGAACUGGUCGAACCAGUCGAGGUGGUUUUCCAGUGUAUGUUUGUCUUCUGUUGCUUCAUAAGCUCAAAGCAUCACGCCCCUAAUGCAAAUUCACCAGCACUGACUGUGUGUUUGUGAGACCAAAAGACAUGUGUAUGUGAUCUAAGAUGUAACUGGAAAAAGUCAACGCAGCAAAACAGUGUUAUGAUCCAAAUUCUUAUCUGCACUUGCUGAUGAAAUUGAAUAAAGUAUCAGUUACUGUCAGUCA